CAUCUUGACCGCCGUGAUCGCCGCACGUAAAAACUUGCUAAUGUGUUGAAAUCACGUUGAGUCAACUGUUUGUUUGUCUCUCGGCUGGAGAGGCUGACGUGGGGAUGGAACAUGCCUACUUAGCCACACGACGCAACCGCAUAAGGAACCUCUUGGGUAAGAACAUUUACUUAUGGUCUUGAAUCCCUGAAGCAUUGCCUACAGAUGGCGGCAAAGCUUAACUUGUGUCUAAGUGAAGCUCCUCAAUUCAUUUUUCCCCACAAUCCAAACAUCGCAGCAAAAAGAUGUCCGAGAUAACGGCCAAACUGAUCGAAAGGAAGCUCCUCAAUUAGCAUGGCACAAAAUGGUGGCAAAACAUUGCAUGCAGCUCCCCUAAAAAUGUGUUUUUUCUUAUUUUGUACGGAAGCGUGGAGCCGACAAUCAAGAGUAAACAUUUGGACAAAUACAUACUCGCGAAUACGUUCGAACACACUUGUAGGCUAAAGGCAACAAAAGUAGCAUUUUCUCGUAAUGCUACCGUGGCACAUAGUCGUGGUUUUAUUUUAACAAUUUACCCAAUAUAUCAUACCACAACGUAAAAAUAUUUAAGUAACUUAUUCUUUCGUAAUUUAAGCGUUUUAUUAUGUCUGCAUGGCAUGCCAGUGAGCAUAUUUAUACUUCACAUUGGCAGCCCCAAGCUUCCGUAAAUUGUGUUCUUCUUCUCUUCUCUUUUUUGGUAGGCAGCUGUUGUCAAUGGUGGAGCUGGUCGUGGUGCUGAAACCCGAACGUGCCUCCUCAUCAAGGCACUCAUUACAGGACAGUAAUUCCAAGUUGAGCAGUGGUUGACGUUCGUUGAUGGUGGGCGUGGCGGUCGUUGCGUCAUCGGAUGACGUCACGAGUGCUACUAAAUGGCAGGCGGCGGUAAUUGAAGUGGACACCCCGCCACACACGCGAUGUUGUCAUCCCUCAAGACCCUGCUGCUGCUCUCAGUUCUUUGCCCACCCUCCUCCUGCUUGUGCCUCCGCUUGGCCCGCGGCCGCUCGGACCUCCUGUGCGACCACCAGAUGGCUGCCGGCGGCCGCUUCUCCUCCGAGAACGUCUGGGGGUCCCUGCUGCAGUCCUCCGCGGAGUACCUGGCCGCCUCCGCGUCCGAGGAGUCGGCGAGCCGAGAGAAAAGGACUUUCAACCCGGCCAAGUCGCGCUUCCAGAGCCGGGCCAAGCUCCGCGGCUCGCUGCUGCGGAACGGCGGCAAGGAGGAGCGCAGGAGCCAGCUGACUCUGUCCCUAGACUUGCCCACCAACAUCAUGAACGUGAUCUUCGAAAUGGCCAAAGACCAAAACCUGCGCUCGAAGGCGGACGAGAACGCGCGUCUGCUCGCGCGCAUCGGUCGGAGGAAGUGACGCUUUUGCGUUGUAUUUUAAAAGGAACUUUGUACGAGUUGUUUGUCUUUGCGUUCGCAUUAUGUUAUUGUUGGAGACGAAUGACUUCCAGACCAACGCUUCACUGAAAAAUGGCUGGAUUUGUUGUAAAGGCGAGACUGGCAAAUCACUGCAUUGCCAUUUAUCGCUUCAAGGAAUUCAACAAAUCAUCUCUUAAUUAAACUGUACGAACUGUUUCAAAGACUAAA